AAUUUCAGUGACUUGCAACAUUCGUGGAGGUGUGAUAGGCACAUUAGUAAAUACAAAUUAAAAAGUACAGUGCAUACAUUCCGAGGAAGGUCGCAAUAUGAAUAGUGGCAAUAGCGCAAGUGAUUCGGAAACCGAAUUCGAGCAAGAUUGUGUGAUGCCAGUCAGAUCGUCAAACCCGAUUCGCGCCAGAAGUCUCAUCCGCAACAACUUGGAGAAGUCUAGCAGUAACACCGAGCAGCAACAGCUCCUGCAGUCCAGAAUGCCGAACAUAAAAGUCUUCUCCGGCUCAUCCCACCCGGAUUUGGCGUCGCGUAUCGUGGAUCGUCUCGGAAUCGACCUUGGGAAGGUGGUUACGAAAAAGUUUAGCAAUCUGGAAACAUGUGUCGAAAUCGGCGAAUCCGUCCGUGGCGAAGAUGUCUACAUUGUACAGUCCGGUUCGGGCGAGAUCAACGAUAAUCUUAUGGAGCUGCUGAUUAUGAUCAAUGCGUGCAAAAUCGCUUCCGCUUCGCGCGUGACUGCUGUGAUACCGUGCUUCCCGUACGCACGCCAGGAUAAAAAGGACAAGGCAGGCGAUGAUAAGCUGGCCAUGUUGAUGAAGACCAAUGAGUGGAAGUUUCGGAGCCGGGCCCCAAUUUCGGCCAAGCUAGUAGCAAACAUGCUAUCGGUGGCGGGAGCUGACCACAUCAUUACGAUGGACCUACAUGCUUCACAGAUACAGGGCUUCUUUGACAUCCCGGUGGAUAAUCUGUACGCGGAACCGGCAGUGCUCAAGUGGAUUCGGGAGAAUAUUGCCGAAUGGCGAAACUCGAUCAUCGUCUCGCCGGACGCGGGCGGUGCAAAACGCGUAACAUCGAUCGCUGAUCGGCUCAAUGUUGAGUUUGCUUUGAUUCACAAGGAGCGAAAAAAGGCGAACGAGGUUGCCUCGAUGGUGCUGGUCGGUGACGUUAAGGACCGGGUGGCCAUCCUGGUGGAUGACAUGGCCGAUACGUGCGGUACGAUCGUUCAUGCUGCGGACAAGCUGGUCGAGGCAGGUGCAACGAAAGUGUAUGCAAUUUUGACCCACGGCAUCUUCAGUGGGCCGGCAAUCUCGCGGAUAAAUAACGCUUGCUUCGAGGCAGUAGUUGUAACGAAUACCAUACCUCAGGACGGACACAUGAAGGAUUGUCCGAAGAUUCAGUGCAUCGAUGUGUCAAUGAUGUUCGCUGAGGCUGUCCGCCGAACCCACAAUGGUGAGAGCGUUUCGUAUUUGUUCUCAAACGUUCCUUAUUAGAAGUUUUACAUCUGACGAGAAACACGGGGUAUAUCGUGGGACAAAAAGUAAGGACUAUAAUCCGGAUUCAGUUUAUUUUUGAAUUUUUUUUCACUAUAUUACGUGUUUACACUAGACAGACAUACAUAUUGGGUUUUGAUCAAAGACUUUACAUAUAUCUCAUAUCAUUCUAUUGAAAUUCGAAAUAACUUAUUUAUAAGUUGAAAAUUUCGUCUGUUUCUGAGGGAACAUAGAUUGUUUUUUAUCCGAUAUCUCAACGUUGCCGUGACAUGGCAAGACAAACUGGCUAAACACGUUAGAAUUGUGCAUCGAAAGCAUUGCUUGUUUUUCAAUGUAAUUUUAAUGUUUUACACAAUUGAAUAAAUGACACUAUUAUAAAUGAAAUCUGUUUUGAUCAGCCUAUUCAAAAUCGUUUUGUAAUAAAUUUGUUUUUCACCGUCUCUGUCAAUAAACGAAGAAAGAUGAAAUAUAGCUAAGUUCUAGUGAGCCAUUUAGCGAUAGGUUUUAGCUUUAACCAGGAAGUUUUUUUGUGCUAGCGAAACACUCCUACAAUAGUUCUGCAAACAAAAUGAGUAACUUGAAAAAAAAAAAACAUUUUGUAAGGUACAACUACUCUAAUUUUACGCUAUUGGAAACGAAAAAGAAAGUUAGAAA